AUGCAGGACCCCAGCCGCCAGCGUUGCAGGCCCGGGCUCCCCAGCCCCAAUGCACGCGAGGCAGCUUCCAUGUAUGGCACGGUGGUGGCCGUCUUCCUGGUCAUCCUGGUGGCCGCCCUGCAGGGCUCGGCGCCCCCUGAGAGCCCCUUCCCCUACCGCAUCCUCCUGGACCCCCAGGGCACCCUGGAGCUGUCCUGGAAUGUCAGUUACACCCAGGAGGCCGUCCACUUCCGGCUCUUGGUGCGCGAGCUCAAGGCUGGGAUCCUCUUCGGGAUGUCGGACCGUGGUGAGAUGGAGAACGCGGACCUUGUGGUGCUCUGGACCAACGGCGACAGCGCCUACUUUGCCGAUGCCUGGAGUGACCAGGAGGGGCAGGUCCACCUGGACUCCCAGCAGGACUACCAGCUGCUGCAGGCGCAGGGCACCCCGGAAGGCCUGGCUCUGCUCUUCAAGAGGCCCUUUGGCACCUGUGACCCCAAGGACUACUUCAUCGAGGAUGGCACUGUCCACUUGGUGUACGGGAUCCUGGAGCAGCCGUUCCCAUCAGUGGAGGCCAUCAACACCUCGGGACUGCAGACGGGGCUGCAGCGGGUGCAGCUGCUGAAGCCUGAGGUGCCCGUGCCUGAGGUGCCCGCCGACACCCGCACCAUGGAAAUCCGGGCCCCUGACGUGCUGAUCCCCGGCCAGGAGACCACGUACUGGUGCUACAUCUCCGAGCUGCCCCAGGGCUUCUCUCGGCACCACAUCAUCAUGUAUGAGCCCAUCAUCACCAAGGGCAACGAAGCCCUGGUGCACCACAUAGAAAUCUUCCAGUGCACGGGUGGCUUGGAGAACGUCCCCCACUUCAGCGGGGCCUGCGACUCCAGGAUGAAGCCGGAGCGCCUCAACUACUGCCGCCACGUGCUGGCCGCGUGGGCGCUGGGCGCCAAGGCUUUCUACUACCCAGAGGAGGCUGGCCUUCCUUUCGGGGGCCCGGGGUCCGCACGCUUCCUCCGCCUGGAAGUCCACUACCACAACCCACUGAAGAUACAAGGCCGGCGCGACUCCUCAGGCAUCCGCCUGUACUACACGGCCACGCUGCGACGCUUCGACGCAGGCAUCCUGGAGCUGGGGCUGGUGUACACGCCGGUGAUGGCCAUCCCACCGCGGGAGCCGGCCUUCGUCCUCAGGGGCUACUGCACCGACAAGUGCACACAGCUGGCCCUGCCGUCCUCCGGGAUCCAAAUCUUUGCUUCUCAGCUCCACACACACCUGACCGGGAGGAAGGUGGUCACUGUGCUGGUCCGGGACGGCCAGGAACUGGAGGUCGUGAACAGGGACAACCACUAUAGUCCACACUUCCAGGAGAUCCGCAUGCUGAAGAAGGCUGUGUCCGUCUUCCAGGGAGACGUUCUUAUCACUUCGUGUACGUACAACACGGAAGACAGGAAGCUGGCCACUGUGGGCGGCUUCGGGAUCCUGGAGGAGAUGUGUGUCAACUACGUGCACUACUACCCGCAGACGCAGCUGGAGCUGUGUAAGAGUGCCGUGGACGCCGGCUUCCUGCAGAAGUACUUCCACCUGGUGGACAGGUUCAACAGUGAGGAAGUGUGCACCUGCCCGCAGGCCUCCGUGCCGCAGCAGUUCGCCGCAGUGCCCUGGAACUCCUUCAACCGGGACGUGCUGGCUGCGUUGUACGGCUUCGCGCCCAUCUCCAUGCACUGCAACAUGUCCUCUGCUGUCCGCUUCCGGGGUGAGUGGGAUCUGCAGCCCCUGCCUGAGGUCCUCUCCACUCUGGAAGAGCCCACCCCACGGUGCCCGGCCAGCCAGGUGCAGCGCCCUGCCGGCCCCACUGUGGUCAGCAUCGGCCGUAGCUCAGGCUGAGAGCGGCUCUGCUCCGACCCCAGCUCCGCGCCUCCCACGGCUCUCGCUGGUUCUGCGCUCCCCUGUCCUCUCCAGCUCCUGCACCCCACCUGGGCCUCUGCA